AUAAACAGAAAUUCUAAGCUCUGUCUAAAAAACAAAUUGUUAAUUUAUAAACAAAUUUUCAGACCAGCCAUGCUUUAUGCAGUACCAAUUUGGUCAAGUUGUUGUUCCACCAGGAAGAAAACGCUUCAAAGGAUUCAGAAUAAAAUUCUGAAAAUGAUUUUGAAGCGUCCUCCCUGGUUUAGUACAAAUGAGUUACACAGACUCACAAAUAUAGAACCAUUAGAUGUAAUGUCACAUAAUAUUAUAAGCAAAUUCCGACAAAAAUCGAUGCCAUCUUCAAUUGAAUCGAUUCGCUCUCUGUAUUAGUUAGUAAGUUAGUAUAUAAGUUCCUUUUCCCCAUUACACAAUACAAGUAGGUUUAGAAUUUUCCCUACACAAAAAUCUCAGAAUUGCGGAAGCAAAUGUUGUCCUCAUGGUAAUUACCAAAUCAAAUAUAUAAAAUGGGUUGAACAGUCACCACUUGUGGCUGAACACCCAAUUUAAAUCUUAAUAAUUUAAUUUUAACUCAUAUUCCAAUAAAUAGUUAUUUAAAAAAAAACUUUCACGUUUUAUUCUCUUUAAUCAAGAUAUAGAUAUAGCCUUUACUUAGAGGGUGCGUAUAACCCCACCUUUCCCUAAAUGAAAUUCGAAACCGACCGAAACCGUCGGCUAUGCGAGAGAAAUAAAACGGAUGACAUCAUAAUGGCAUGCUGUGAUUGGUUCGUGAAAACAUAGGUCGAUUAAAAAUAAUUUUUCAAUAGUAUGCUAUUGAAAUACUGAAACGACGUUGCCAUACACAUUUAAGUUAGAUAUUUCCUACAUUAUAUCAAACCAUCAACAAAUUAUUAUCAUUCAAAAUUAUGACAGAAAAGGUUGUUGAAACUUUUAAUUAUGCCGUUUCGACGAAAGCCAUUUUACCGAAAGGGUCAUUUCACCGAGUCGUACGAUUACUUCAAUUAACGUACUAAAAUUGUUUCAACAUAAAGAAUCAUGAAAAAUUCUAGUGUUGAUAUAGCUUCCGACGUCAGGUCUCGAUCGCUACAUUUGAUCUUUAUCUAAUAAAAUAUUUCCACAAUUCUCGUCUCAAAAUCAUCGAAAACAAAAUCAUUAGUUACAGCCAUGAAAUAUUCAGUUGAAAAAUCCUUUCGAUGGAAUUACUAUUGCGGCGACAUGACUUAUUCGGUAAAACGACUUUCGGUGAAAUAACCCAAAGCAAAGUCUUGGCAUCGGUGUUGGUAAUUGCCGAAAAUUUGACAGAAGUUGCUAUAUUGCUAUCUAUAUUGUAUACAACAUUUUCAAUCCGGUAGAAGAUGCUACAAGAACUCGAGUCUCUCAAUGCAUGAACCGUGAGAGAGUUUUGCUACAUUUCUUCGCUCCACUUCAUACUCUGAGUAUUUCACGCCGUUAAAAAAAAAUUACAGUCUGAUAAUGAUCGUUGCUGUGUGGAAUUUCCCAAGAGAGAAUCGCAAGUUGACAAUUAUCGCAGAAAAUCGAAUCGAUGAUUCAACUUGAUGAUUCUCAUACUAGGUUGCAAUAUUUCAAAAACCUUGUGUGGAGCAUACACAGACAUUUUCAUAGACUCUACUUAUACAAAGGUUAUAUGCACAUAGUUAGAAUAAGCGGCAAUAGUAAAAUGAUUCUAUCGCAACUAUCAACUGCCUGUAUAGAAUCGGAUCGCGAAACGAGAAUAAGCGACCGUUUGUUGCUUCAGAGAGGAUCCCCACAGCAGCGAGCUAGCCUUUGAUUCUCAGAAAUGUCAUCGAGAGAAAUUCGCUCUCGCACUGGUGUCGAUUCUAUGUUAAAUGAGCCAUGCCGGAUUUUUGUUGUUGCGAUGAUAUCCGUCACUCUUUGAUGGCACUGAUUCAAUCGUGUGAAGAGUUACCAGUGAGCGUUCUUUGAUACGAUAAAAGCCAUCCUUGCUUGGCAUUACAUCCUUUUCGUGGAAUUUGGCCUUUCUGUUUCAACAGACUUCGCAGCCGAUUCUUAGUGUACAGAAUCAUUGCAUGGCUAGUACUAUGGAUCCUACUGACACUAAGAAUCCUUACAGGUCGGGGCUCGAACAUACGACAACUGGUUUGUAAGACCAGCGUCCUAUGCAUUGAACCGCCAGCCCGGGACAAAAGACGUCGAAAUACCCCUUCCUUAUAUGUUCGAUUAAGUUCGAAGAUAUCGGUAAAUGGCUGUGUGUUUAUGUGCAUGUAUUUGUGUAUUAAUUUUCUCAAUUCUGGAACUGAUUUUAAUCAGCUUUAGCUCAUUUUAACGCUACACUUUUAGAAAAAAAAUGAAAUUUACGCUUGACGUAAACUCAAGCAUGCCGUAAUUUCUUCGGUGAUGACACAAUAUUACAUCUACUAACAUGUAAAAAUAACUUUUAUGUUUGUAUCGAUGUAACCUUCUGCGAAAUUGACUGUAAAGUUAAUGAUAUGACUUAUCUUUACUUGCUUUGAAUUGUGAAUGUAAGUGAAUCGCGACGCUCCUUUUAUGUGCAUCUACUAAGAUGUAAAUUUUUCUAAGUGUGUAGUCUUGGCUUGCGAGUCAGGUUCGAAGAUCAAUUGACUGUCACUUCCAGCUCCGUAGAAAUAAUGGUAGAAGUGACGUAAGUGACAAAAUGCAUUUUGUUUCCUUCCGUUCGAUUUUUCGGGGGUCAUGGAUCAAGUUUGUCGCUUCUAGUACCGGACACAUGAUGGUACAGAUGACGUAACCGACACAACUCAUCUUUUUUUUCCUAUAUACUUUUUUCUCGGCAAUGGCUGAACCGCUCUUCACAAGCUUAGGCUCAUCUGAAACCUAAUCUUGGGCUGUGAAUUAAGUUCGAAGAUCAAAUAAAUGUUACAUUAUAAUUUAUAAUGAUAUAAGUGACUUAAUCGACGAAACACAAUUUUCCCCUCCGCUCAAUUCCCUUAUCAUAUAAGGGACGUAAAAGACUAAUCGAAUUUUGUUCAAUUUACACUUUGUUUUGGGAAGUUACUAAUGAUCACUCACAUGUAUUGUUGUUGAUACUUUUGGUUCCGAGAAUAUAUAGUCAAAUAUGCUUUGUAAGUGCUGAAGCUCGCUUUUAUGAACUAUCCGUAUUCGUAUAAAAGAAAUGUAUUUUUCGAAACCGUCAAUCGUGUUCCUUCAAAGAUAAUUCAAAUAUCUUUUGAGUUUAGUCACUGUAUUCUACAUUUCAAUAUUGUUGUUCUAUUGUUUUGGUAUUGGAAGCACCUUAAUUAGAUAUUACUCCGCUUAUCCGGAUGACAAUUUUAGGUAUUCUGUUUAGCUAUUUUAGCUCUUAAUUCAACCACACAAAUACUUUAAGCGCUUUUGCUAGCCGAAGACAAGGGCAUAAUAACAGGGUGGCAAGUGACCGGGAAAUCGAGAAAACCGGGAAAAAGUCGAGAAUUUUGUUUCACCAGGAAAAAGCCGGCAAGUUUAAUGAAAAAUCUUGAGACAAUACUUGUUUUAUGCUCAUGUUUGUGUGAGAUUUCAACAGGACUCACAGAAUUGGAAAAGUUGUUGGCUUUAAUCUUAUCCACCCUUUGCAGGGAGUGUUUGAGAUCCUUCUUGGAGAGCUGAAACUGGUUUCCGAGGACCAGUAUAGAAUGUUAAAAAGAUAUAGAAUAUGGUUCGAUUUGUUCAGUGAUGUAAUCUAUGUUUUUCUUUUGAAGGUCCUCAACUAUUCCAUAGUAGUUUCACAAUAACAUGGAUAUUGAUGUAAACGAAGGAGAAUUGAAUUAAGUUUGAGCUUUUGGAACUGGUAGACUCCCAAAACAAUUUCAGGGUCCCCAUUGCUUUCGAUAUGAAAUCCGGGUACUAGUCGAUUUGUUUUAAGGUGGUAGAAUAUAUAACGAAUUGAACUAAUCAUUGCCUUAUUUGAGAUCCUGAAUUUUAAUGGUAGGUGAUCUGAAUCAAAGUCAGUUCACUACAAAUGAUUUUUUAGAACUAGGUCAAUUGUGGGAAGAUUUCUCAUAGAAGAUAAAUUAGUUGGGCUAUUUGGGAAUAAAACUGGCUAGGAACCAGCGGAAGUCAGAUUAUUUUUCUGAUUACUCCACAAGAGAUACUUUGCAUUUAAAAUUCUAUUAGAAAAAAAAUAUCGAUAGCUUGUGCAUUUUUGCAGCUAUCAUUUGAUUUAUUUUCUCAUCAACGUAUUGAAAUCGUAAACAUGUUAUUUUUCAAUGCACGUAUUGUUUAUUGACUAACAGAAACAACAGAAAAAUUGGUGUUUUAGAAGGGCCAUACCGAGUCGAACGGUUUUGCUAAAUUUUAGAUGUACAUGUAAUCUAAUGAUUAUGAAUUAGUUUUAUUAGAUGAGAAUUUAUUUUUUUUUGUUUAACAUGACAUUGUCAAUAAUAAAAUUUGAGGUUUCCAUCACAACCAGAGCAUGGGAAUCCUUCUGAAGGUUUCGUUCAUUGAAAAGACGUGUUCACAAGUAAAUUACCACAAUUUAAACAGUGUAUGUCCGUAUGACCAUUUGUUGUACCAAGGUCGAAGCCUUGACGGUUUUGUGUUAGGUUCGCAGCCUUUCAUAAUUUUUCCAUCGAACUGAAAUUUCGACUUUAAUUUCCGGAAGAAACGAAGAAAGCUCUGUAUAAAAUGUUUUGAAAUUUCUGGCAUAGAUUGUUGUUGGUUUUCCAGAGUAACAAGCGUCCAUUUAGAGAUUGUCGUUUCUUAUAUGCAAUAGCAAUAAUGAAUAAAUUCUAUCUAUACAUCGAGAUACCCGAAAAGUUCUUCAAUCCUCAACUAGAGGACCUAAUAUAAAGUUUAUUUUAUUGACAAGGGAUAUCUGUUCAAAACGGGAACGGGAAUUUUUAUCUCACAAACCGGGAAAAAAUCGGAAAAUUGAAAUUAGCAAUUCACUUGCCACCCUGACAACAAGGUAUGUAUUAACUUAUUUGUUCUGAUAGAGUAUCUAACCUCCAAAUUUGGUAUAGGUCCAUUCAUUGGUUUUAUGAUAUCGUGCUCACCGCAAAUGUUUUCAAACAGAACAGAAUUUUCGAGGGCCGUACAAUCUACAAUUUGUCUCAGAUUACGAUAAUUUUUUUUACAGACAAAACGAAGGAUGUUCUGUUCGAUGCUGUUUUGAUUCAUCUAAUUCUCAAGAUGAAUCGAAAAAUGUGAGCUAGUUUUCUCUUGCUGGAAAAUAUUGUGAAGGCCAAUAUUCUAUGAACAGUGAAAAUAGAUUCCGCUCAAAGCUUGCCGGGUCUGGUUUGAAUAAAGUAUCUUUAAAAAAACAAGCACUAAAUUCAAUAGCAUACAAUUUCAUUAAUGUCCCGUAUAACUAGACGCUCGAAAGGCACGUACGCACUUACCAUUUGUUAUUGUUAUUUUUGCUUAGAACUAUUGAUCAGCUCCCGAAUUUCUUUUCCAACAUCCAGCCAAUCGUUCUUGAAUCAAAUUCAAUGCACGAGUCUUACAAAUCGCAGCUAAACAGACAAACGAGAGACCAACUACAGAGCCACUUUCAAGUGAUCAGAGUACGGCUACAAACCGUAUCUCACUUCUGGUUUAAAGGCUGGUUACUCUUCACUUCUGUUGUUGGCGUAAAAAAAAAGAAAGGAAAACGUAUGGCUCCAUCCACCGCAGCUGACUGAGCGUACGUUCAGUACUUGCGGAACACUCUGAUCUAUCGGACGCGGGCAUUUUCGGUGCAACAAACGGGCUUCUUCUGCAGUGGAGUUUUUCGCACGCACUCUCACACCAUUGUUUUGGGAAAGUCUUUACUAAGUCCGCCUUGGGGUCCAAAGCACCGCGAAGCAAACGGCCGGAGCGUGCAAAUAACGACUCAGAAACGACAAUGUGCAAAUUAGUGAAAACUCAUCAACUUUGGAGAACGCCAGUGAAUCCAAAAUUGUAUUGAUGAUUACGAUCAGUAACUCCUCGGCGCACUAAAGGGUAACUAACAGCGAGUUGGCGUCGUUCGCGAGUGAAACGUAAGUUCGGAGCGGAAUGCGUUCGCCAUAAAAGCGUCAAAUACAAUUAAUAACACGAGAAAUAUCUACCGUUAUCGCUUAAUCACUGUUAUAAAAUACAGUAAGGUGGGGUUCAGUGAAGUUACGAAUCAACUCGGUGCUAAGGGGUCAUUAUCGUAAGUUUUGUGUUGCUACGAUCAUCCUUCCAGUGUUGUUGUGACAUUUCGGUGAAGUUGAGGUGAUGCCGCUAGUGAACUGUUCAUACUUAGGCUAGCAGCCAAGAAAAAGAAACGACUCUCCUCGGAAAAAUAAAACCGGAAGUGACUGUGCGCUUGACUCUCUCUGGCUCUCGUCGAGAGCUGGUUGAUGUUGAUGUUGACAAACUGUUGUGUUUGAAGUCGAACCGCAAGGACGCACGUGGGCGAAAUGGUACUCACGACGGCCCGCUUCGAUCGUGGCUUCAGUAUAAACGGAAUGGCCGAGAAGCGCUACUCGGAUCGCCGGUUGAGACCAUGGCCGCCGACCUACGCCGAAAAGGUGGCCAAACAACGCUGGCUGGCGGCGAAUCCGGAAAUGGGCAGUAUCGCUAUGAGACCCGCAUCGGCUGGUCACGCGAUACCACCCAACAGCAUACUGGCCCCGACCGGUUACCGGUACGGACCGCCACCGAUGCUGACCCGGCAGAAGAGUGACAUGUUCCUGAAUGUUAAAUCGUCGGCCAAGGCAUAUGAUUACAACAAUAACUAUCUGGUGAAUAAUAUUGCGGCACGGAAGGUGAAGAACAUUGCCGGAAUGACGGCCGUGGUAGAUAGCGAUAGUAACCUGGAAGAAGUUCGGCGGAUGAGGUAUGAUUCUGAGAUUAGAAUUGGCUCCAAAUCAGGCUACGUGACGGGAUGAAGUUAAUUCAGAACUGGAUAAUGCAGAUAAAAAAACUAUUUCUUAUUUUAAAACUGAAAACUGAAUUAUUUAAAGAAAUUUCUAAAUGAAUGAUUGCAGUGGAUGUUUUACAAUCAAAAACAUGUACGAAUAAUGCAUUCUCACUGUGGCUGAUGUAAACGAAAACGCCAUUCCAAAAAUUACCGAUGGACACAAUCAAGAUCGAAUUGCUCCGAUUUGAAUGAAAUUUUGAAAACAUCUUCAUAUGGCAAACCAUUUAUCUUGCACGGAUGGAGGGUCCAAUUUAUCUCAAGACAGAUUUUCAA